AUGCCCGCCGUUGCGCCGCCAUCCAGAAACGAUAUUCUCAUCUACGCUGAGCUGCUCACCAAUAUCCGUCAGGUUACCAUCAAGGCAUCUUUGCCUACGCCCGCCGACCACACCACCACCGCUGAAAUCUUGGACGAGGGUCGCAAAUUUCGCAUCAGCCACAAUGGCACCUCUGGCGAGGCCGUUCUGCCCGCAACCGCGCCCGUAAAAGGGACGCUACCGCUUUCGCAUAAAGGAUCUACUGAAGUCACAUGGAGGUUUCCUCUGAAACCGGCUCGCGUCCCGGAGAGGCAGUUUCUUCCCGAGAACCAACCACUGCCAUGGCCAGCGUCAGUGAUCAAGCCUGGCUCUCCAAUCUCCUGUCGAGCAUGUGGGCAGAUCUUCAUCAAUAGUGCAACAGUCACGACGUGGAAAGAUUUGCCAAGUGAAAAUUGGGCCGAAAUGAUGGAGUUUUGGCACUGCCAUAAACCCAUUGACCACGACACGGCCGAAGAUGGCGACCUCCAGCAUCGUGGGUAUGGUGCGGCCAGCGCCAUCACAGCACAGCCCGGAGUAGGAUUUGUUGACAUAACUUCACUCCUGUUUGCAGAGGAAGAUUGCGGCUCGAUAAAGUUCUCAUCUUCAAAUCCGCUUGAAAAGUUUGAUAGCAGCCAAGACGCAAUCCAAGCUACCAAAGAGGAAAAGUUUCUCACCAUCAGCUGCAGUAAUUGCGCUACCGAAGUUGGCACAUUCAGUGUCCUCGCCUCCACAGUCGCCUUCUACAAAUGGCAAAUCUCUUGCGAGAUAUCCUCGGUACAAAAGCCACCGUCGAGCUCCGACUGCCUUGUUGCCACACUUCUCUCCACGAUAGCUCGAUCCGGUUCUUCAAAGUCUGUCGUCAUGCCGCGAAAUAUACCCGCAGAUAACACGUUGCGUCACUUGCAGCUUUGGGUGCUCAACAAUAACGUCAUCUUUACCGGCAACCAGAAAUCGACUCCGACAUCAGCAGUCAAAGUGCUAUUCAAAGAGAUUGGGGAGAAGGAGGCUCUCGAGUUGGUGGAAUCCUUGUCAAAUGACGUCCAAGACGUCAACUUCCCAGCACAAGCGAUAAAGGUGGCACGCGAAACUCUGACAUGCAGCAAAUACAUGUUGCCAUCAUCUGAGCGAUCAUUUCAGGAGUGGCAAGUCGGUCUGCUUGAAAGAUGGGUUCCUCAGCCAGCCUGA